AUGUCAAUUAUUGUUACUCCAAGUUUAGAUGAAAUAGAACAGAGUGAUUUGGAGAGGAAACAAUUGGAGCAAGAGGAAAUUGAAGCUGAACGACUUCUUCCCGAGAGUUUUGAUUUCACCAAGCUGAAGAAGCAAUUAUCAUCGGAAAAUAUUGCAAAGAAAUCCUUCACUGUGGAUCCUGAGCAAUUGAUAAACACUGUAACAAUGUUACUUGAGACAGUGGAAAAGCAGGAAAAGAAUAUAAGGUCACUAGCAAAAGCAGUCGCUCAAAAAAGCGAUUUUUCAUUGAGCAGGCAGUCAUCAUUUAAUACCGGUGUUAUGAUUACUGAUCCACCAAAGAAGGAUCUUCCAUCCUCCAGACCAACCACUCCAAAAGUUGUACAUAAGGAAACUGUUUUUGUGAGGGAGGAUGAUCCUUUUAUGAAGAACCAAAUCCAUAAUUUAAACAAUGAGUUUGCUAUAAUUCAAGAGGAAUAUACUCAACAUGAAACAAGACUCACAGAAGUCGAGGCUAUUGUUCAUGAACAAUUAACAGAGGAGAAAAUGAAAACUGAAAAGAAAAUUGAUGAAGCUAAAGAAAUGAUUACAGUACUCAAAUUUGACAAGGAGGAGUUGAGAAAACAAAUGGAUCAAUUGAGACUGGAUGUAAAAAAGGGAUUGGAGGAAAAUAUUGAGUUUUUAUCAAACGAAAUCAAGACACAUUUUGAUAUUUCGAAUGAAAAUUUAGAAAGGCUUCAAGAUGAUUACAACCAAAAAAUAUCAGCCGUAAAUUCUGACUUGGGAUCCAAAAUUGUGGACAUAUCAAAUAAGGUGGAAUAUAAUUUUAUGAUAUUUAAGGAACGAACGGAAUCUCAAAAAAAUGAAAUUGAAGAACUAAAGUUCAGACUGACGAAACUGGAAGAAAAUUUACUGAAAAAGAUGGAAACCUUGUCAGAUAAAAUGGAUAAGAAUUUUCGAUUACUGGAGAAGGAUACCCUGAAAACUAACUACAUAACCAAUCUGUUGUACGACGUAUUUCAGCUGGAUAAACAUCUAAUCACUGACUUGAAUGAUACAUAUGUACAGGAAAAGUUUCAAGCUAAGGAAGAUAUUGGAAAAUAUUCCAAAAUGAAAAAGGAGAAGAACAGACAAGAGUACAGAAAGAUGUAUACAGACAUGUUAAUGACCACUCCAUGUUUUAAAACAAUAUACGACAAUUCCACAAACAUUGUAAACGAGUUGAGAUGGGAAACCAAAUUAAGAAUGGACAGAGAGGGUGACAAGGUGUUAGAAGAGUUUACUGAUAUUCGAGAAUGUAUGAAACGGUUUGUGACAUUUCCAGAAGUGCGAGCAGCAAUUAACGAGAAUGAAAUAGUGAGACAAGUAGUCAAUACUGUGGGUACUCAUGAAAAACAUAUUGAUACAAUAUUUACAAAUUUUUUACCGAGAGAAGAGGCUUGGGAAGCCCUCAAACAAAAAGCAGAUGAAAAGAAUGUAGAGUUGAAAGCUGAUCGAAAGAUUGUCAAUGCUCUAUUUGACUAUUUGAACGAGAAAUUGAAUACUAUUCUUGGGAAAACAUCUACAGAAGAAAUGAUGGUAUCUAUUAAAAAGCUUGAAGAGAAAAUCAAAAGUAAGGCAGAUAAGCAGGAACUUAUAGAAGCCCAGCAACCAAUUUACCCUCCAAAUAUAAUUAAUAUCGUGCGAAAGGAUAUUUCUACAGAGGAUCUAGUGGUAGGAAUGGGUGUGAGUCAACCAUGUCUCAUGGCAAAAGGAGAAUCCGAACAAAGUCACUCCAGUUCGUACAGAUGCCUUAGUUGCAGUCGACCACUCUCUUCCAAAACGCCUUCAACAGCACCAUCCGGUUCUCCUCCAAAAAGACAAAACUAUUUAACUAACUUUGAUCCUCUUCCUGUUCAAGCCUUAAGUGGAAAUGAAUCUGCUAGAGGAAAGUUGGGAACUACGUUGGGAGAUCUUCAACAACAAUUUCAACAACAACUUCAAUUACAAAUCAAUCCAAACACUAGCAUUCAAUCUGAUAGUCCAAAUACAAGUCCAAAGAAGGGAGAAAAAGAAAAACCAAACCUUAUUCCACCAAGUAGCCCAUCUGACUUUUUCGAAAUACCCAAACUAAAUUUGAAAAAAGUAAUGAUAUCUGCAGAAAUGGAAAAUCCAAUCUUUAAAUAUACUAUUAAGAGCUCAGGUCGAAGUGCAGAAGAAGAAUAUGAAAUGGUAUCAGCAAGACGAGACAAUACUGACCUUGAUAAACCUCCUUCACAACUUCAAAAUCAAAGAAAAUCUCCAGACGAUAUGAGACCUAAACCACCAAAGAGUGCACCUCAAGGAGGGCAGAAUAAUUUUAUGAGAUAUUCUCUGAAGAGUAAUUUGGAUCUUUCGAAUAAAGUGCCAGGAACUGCAAGAGAAAAAGAACAGGAGAAAACAUCUUCAGUAAUGCCACACUCUGCAAGGCCAAAUUCUGCUAAAGAUGCUUCUGCAUCUUGUGAAGGAGAAGAGCCUUCCAAGAAAACAAAACAAUCUAUGGAGCAAAACUUUAUUUCGGAAUUGGAAGAGAUUGUAGAAUAUUGUCGUGAACAAUUCGAAAAAGAAUCGGAAGACCCAGAUUUCAUUGCUGCAGAAAUUGGAAAUAUUCAGAGGAAAUUUUACGAUUUGCAGAACAAGUAUGAAAAAUUCAAGACAAUAAUUUUAAAAGAGACUUUUACUGACUUGGAAGACUUGGAAACUAUGUACAAUGAAGCUGAUGCAAUGCUCAAUGAGGCUAAAGAAGCAUUGGCUUCAUUUAUUGCUUCUGAGGAAAAAACAGAAGGUGAAAUCGAAACAGACGAAAAUAUUGAAAAUUUCAUUCCACUACCUGAGCUAAAUGAAGAAACAGAAGUAAUACCAUUUGAAAGAAGUGAAUUAAGAGUAGAAAAUAUAGAACCCAUCCCACUCUUAACAUCAAGAAGUUGUUACAUUUGUCAGAGACCCAUUGAGAACUCCCCUGUAGUCUGUAAAUAUUGCUCUAACGCUUGCCAUGGCCAAUGCUGUGAUAAACCAACAAUACUGAGAGGAGAAGAUACUAUGAUUUGUGAAGUGUGCAGUUCAAUCGAGACUGAAGGAGAACCUAAUUUUUAUUCACUGAUAAUUAAAUCAAAGAAUGGAAAUGUUACACAUGUUAAUGAUAUUGGUAAUCAACUGAAAGGAUUAAGCAUUGAUAAGUACAAAAUCAAAUGCCCAAAGUGUCAAGAAUUAGUUGCACUAAAAGAUUUAAAUAGUCACACUGGAAGAAAAUUUGAGUUUGAUAAGUUUAGUGACUACCCUUUUGUUCCUUUUUCAGACGAGAAGAAUAGAGCCGAAAUAUCUAGAGUUUUGAUUGUUUUCAAUAUCAGCAAAAAGACAUUAACCAAUAUUUGUGAAAGUACUGAUAUCAAUGUUCAUCCUGUUGUAUAUUUUUGGAAGUCAAAAGCAUUUCAGAUAGUUAUUCCAAGCAAACACGAAAUGGAGCUUGUCAUACCACCAAAAUUGGAUGAUUUUAUUGAAAGAAAGUGGCAGGUAGCUUCAGACACUUCCAAUACCUUUUAUGUAGUAUUGAAGGAUGUGGCUUAUUGUUUUGCUCUUUUGAAUACUGUACACGGAUUAGUAUUGGAUAAUAAGCAAAUUGCAAAAGUUAAAGCAAUUCAAAAUCCUGACACAGACAAGAGGACUGUAUUAAUUCUAAAUAUUUAUUACGCCUCUAUAGAACAAUUCAAAUAUUUCAUACUUGAUUGUAAUACUAGCUUUGAUUUUGAUUGGGACGUAAUGGUUGAGGAGGAUGGAUGCCAAAUGUUGGAGGACGAAAAUUCAAUUUCUAUCAAGUUUCAAUCUGAAGAAAUUGCAAAAGCAUUUGUAAAUGAUUUUAAUGAUUCCUUAUUUAACGAACAUCAUUUACAAAUGUUUAAUUGA